AAUCUAGAGGAGCAAAAAGCCACCAUGUGGCUAUUGCAUUUGGGGCAAGCACUGGGUCAGUUUCUCUUAUCAUCAUUGCUGUUGGGUUGCUUCUCUGGUGGCGGCACAGACAACCAGCAAAUUUUCUUUGAUGUUAAUGACCAAUAUGAUCCAGAGGUUUGUUUGGGCCACUUGAAGAGGUACUUGUUUAAGAAACUCCGAUCAGCAACUGACCAUUUUAACUCAAAGAACAUUCUAGGAAGGGGUGGCUCUGGAAUUGUUUACAAGGGUUGCUUGCAAGAUGAGACUCUUGUGGCAGUCCAAAGAUUGAAAGACUACAAUACAGCUGGUGGUGAAGUCCAAUUCUAGACAGAAAUUGAGAUGAUAAGCCUGGCUGUCCAUCGGAAUCUCCUUCGACUUUGUGGGUUCUGUAUGACACAGAAUGAAAGGCUUCUCGUCUAUCCUUAUAUGCCAAAUGGAAGUGUUGCUUCUCGAUUAAGAGGUGAGCAA